UUUGAAGAGAGCUUCGCUGGAACGAAGCCCUCUUUCUCUCGCCCUCUCCCUCUCUUCUCUCCAUCUCUUCUCAUCCCCAAACCCUAAUCUCCAAUCCCUACACUAGAGGCGAGAAGCGGAAGAGACCCAGAUCGAUCUCAUGGGGCUCUCCUUCAAGGUCUCUCGCACUGGUUCCCGCUACCGUCAUCACCCUCCACCGCCUGACCUACCCGCCGCUGAAGACGCUGGGUGUGUCCCUUCUUCCCCUGAGGAAUUAGAGGGAAAGGUUGGUUUGUUGGGAUUAGAUAAUGGCCUUGCUGAUCAUUCUGUUUCAUUAGUUAAGUGCAAAAAGAAUUCUGAUGAACAAGAGCUUCUCGUGUCUUUCUCAUUGAAUCUAUUUCCUGAUGGAUUCUCUAUUGGAAAACCUACUGAGGAUAUGCUAUUGACUUUGGUCAGAGAUUUGCCCAAAGCAUUGCACCCUUAUGAUAGGGCAUCUAAAAGCUUGUUCUCUGCAAUUGAGAAUGGCUGGCUGCCUGGAGAAUUACUGGAUGACUUGCCAUGCAAGUACCUUAAUGGAACUAUUAUGUGUGAGGUGUGCGACUAUAGAGACAUUAUGUCUAAAGACUCUAAACUAGACAGUAAUGGCACUUCUGAAGUGUUUCCAAAAGUUCAGAAAGUGCACUUACGAAUGGGCACAGAAACUGUAGUGAAGGACAUGCCAUUAAUAUCUGAUGAUGCAUGGACAUACAAUGAUUUAUUGCAAGCUGAAUCUAGGAUUAUUAAAGCCUUGCAACCCGUUCUCUAUUUAGAACCAAAGCCAUCACUGGACAGACUAUGUAAAGCGCCAGUAUUGAAACAGCUUGAUUUAGGCACAUGUGGUACUGCAUCAAAAAGAAAGCAUCACAUCGGACCGGAUGCUGAAUUCAAUAGACAAUCAGACAGGACGGACGCCCUUAGCAACGCUUCCGCGGGCAAUUUAAAAUCCCAAUUAGAAGGUGAAGCAAAAUGUCCUACUCAGUCCCAUUCUACAAGCAUGACAAAUGUGGAGAGUACAAAAUAUGGUAUAGAGCAAGCUUCACCGUUGACAUGCUUCCAUGGCUCGGUAAUCAAUGACCCUUUUUCUUCUCCCAUUGCUGGGCCGGUUUCAUCCAUUAGGACAGCGCGGGACGAAGCUCUUAAAGGCUCAUGCAUAGGUCAUAAAGUUCCCGCGAAUUUUCCUCUGGCAAAGAGUGAUAAGUUGACCCCCGGCGUACCCUGCUUGAAGCCUACUCUUAAACGGCCAAAGCAAGAGCCGCAAGACUUUGAUACACAUCAGAUUGUUACUACUAAAAGGGCAAAAUUUCUUGAACCAGAUCUACAAAGGAAGAUCGCAGCUUUAUGUGAGCCAGGGGAAUCACAGGACCCUCUUAACUUGCUAUGUUCAAGAUCAGAUAACUACACUCAUUCUCAGGUGAUGAAUGAAGAAGUUUCUGGGGAAAAAUGGGUGCCAAACGGUCAGAACCUAUUUCCUUUGUGCUUAAGGGAUGUGCCAACUAGCAUUGUAAAACAGCCCAUUGAGUUUGAAACCAAAAAUAUAGUGAAGUCAGAACCUCUGAAUGGUACAAAUGAACAGGCCUCGAGUGUUAGAAGCGGUAAAACCAGCACGAAUCUGCCUUUGGCUUCUAUAAAACCUUUGCCGCCACAGAUGUACUGGAUAAAUGCCAGUUCAUCCAUAGAGAAGCCUCCCAAGAAGGAAACUGCUUCACGGAUUAAGAAGGCAGUAGGAGCCUCCCAGGUUUCCGCUGGACGCUCACUGAAUUCUCAAUAUUCUCGAGUGGGAGGAAAGCAAACGAACGUGAUAGAAGUUUCACAUAUCAUGCGCGAAGAUGCCUCUCCUAUCGAAACGUCAAAGGGCAAUGUUACAUCAGUACCUGCUACUUUAAAUGAAAAUGCUUUUACAAAUCCUACUUCUACCAAUUCUUUGAUCAGUGCAAGUCAAACUCCAUCUCGCGCUAAGAAGAAUUCCAGAUCCAAGUGCAAAAAUCCAUCCCCUGUCACUAGUGCCAAUGCUUCGGGAAGAGCUGUCAACAAAUCUGAAAUUCCAAACUAUUCAAAAAAUGUCCUUGUCAGAACUCCGUCUUUGCAGUUUCUACCCGAAAUUGAUAGCGUUCGCGCUAUUCGUAUGAACUUCUCAAGGAUUGAAGUGUUGGCCAAAAGGCAUGGGCUGAAUAAAAGAAAGGUUAAGAAUGACAAAAUUCUCAAAACAAGAUCAUUACCUGAUCCACGAAUGCCCCAGUGCUGCUUAAUUAUGGAUAAGAAUACUGAAGACUUUAUUGCCUUUGCUGAAAAGAAAUGCAUGUCAAAAUCCAUUCUUUGCGGUAGCAGGAAUACUUGCAAGAUCAGAAUACUUAGUUAUCGACGUGUCAGAAUUUUAUUCAGGGAUGGUAUGCCCAUCUUUGUUGAUGACUCUUGGAGCAAACUAGUCUUGCGCGAAUCCGACGGGCCUGAUAUCCACAAGGUGGCUGCAGAAAUGCUUUAUGGAGAUAAUGAACAGAGUAUUCAUCUUGCAUACCUUCCAACUGCUCAUCAUGCAGAUUUAUAUGCUUCCCAGUUCACUUCAUUGAUGGUACGUGAGGGAUUUGAACUUCUAGAUGAUCAAGUUCGGUUCCAACCUUCUGCCACCCCUGCUAGCACAUCUAAUAGCCGGAUGGGCUCCCAUGGACCCGGCGAGCUUCCCAGCACCAGGUAUUUUCCAAACCAAUCAGCAGAAACAACUACCGCCAAUAGCAUUCCGACUCUCAAGUGUCUUGGAUAUCCAUCACAAAAUGAUCCAUCGCCUAUGAGUCCAAAUUUGACCAGGCCGAUAGUGCUAGAAAUUGCUCCAGAACUCAGUUGUAUCCCUAUGCAUCAAUCAUUAAACCAAAGCUUCUUGCCAAUUUUUCCGAAAAGCACUUUGGAUGCUACAACUGUUGUGAUGCUUGAUCAACUGCCUAACAACCCCCGUCUUCAGCACCUUAACUUGCAUCAGUUUCAACAACAAUACCAACAACAGUCUAUUAUGCAGCAAACUAUGCCAGGUAAUAGUCUCGGAGGGCAUUCUUUCACUUCAGAUGAGCAAAGAGUUACUGAGUUCUGUUCCUCCAAUAAUCAACAAAUUAGUAGAGGAGGUUCCGCAAUCCAAGCCGCAGUUCUUGCAAGGCUAAAUCGCUCUCCAAGCGUCGGAACAGGGGUCAUAGAAGGUGGACCAAGGAUGAGUCCCUCUUGUGGAACUAUUUGGACAAACGAUGGUUCUCCACUGAGCCCGGCUUUGGAUAUGAGUCCUAGUAAUCAAAACCAAAUCAGAACCAGGACACGCAGCAACUUGUGUUCAAACUAUGAUUUACUGCAUCAGCAUCAGGCACAACAAGCUAGAUUACAACAGCCAGAAAAUUGGCAGCGGCGACAACAACUCUUGCCUCAGCAAUAUAGUUCACCAACUGCAACUCAAAUGAGUCAGUGCACACCAAAUAGCCCAAUGCAGUUUAUUUCAGGAUCAGCUCCACAACAGACCAAUGCCGGCGUUAGUGUUGCUAGCAGCCGACAGGUGAGUGCGCAGAUUGUUGGUUCUGGUGGUAGCGUAACAAGAUCUCCGAUGGGGUUGAAGGGUGUUGGCAAAGGAAGUUCUAGUGGAGUCGGCAAUAACAUGAGGCAGUAAAAUCUUAGUUUUUAUUCCGAAGAGAAGAAAAUGGAAGGGAAAGGGAUCCAUCAGUUGCCGCGUGGUACAAGCGUAGGUAGAUUAUUAUCUUUUCUGUUUUACAGCUGAUAUGAGAAAUUUACAGAAUGUUAAAAUAUCUCCAAUGUUUAUGGAGAAACUAUAUUGUGUUUGUUACUUUUAUAAUUGCCA